UAUAAACAAAAAUUCAAAAGUUGCGCUCGUUUCUCCAUCGGUCAUACGUCCAUUGAUUUACUUGAUUUCACAUUCCAAAAAGUUGAUAUUUUCCUUAAAAUUACUUUAUUUUUGUGCGUUCUGUGUUGUUUUUAUUGGCUAAUUACCAAUCAAAAAUGUCGGAGUCCGAUGAUAUUUUCGCAGACAACUCGUCAGACGGAACCGAUUAUCUGUCGUCCAGCAGCCACCAGGAGCCGCAGGAAUCGAUUUUGAUUGAAGAAACGGAAACGGAAACCGAAGAUGAGGAAGACGAGGAGGAGAAAGCCAUCCGGGAACGGAUGAAGAAACGACAAAGUCGCCGUAUGUCGUUCCAUCCGCGUCAGACCAGUUCUGAUAUGAGCUCAAGCGAAAGCGAACACGAAGAAGGAACCGAGGUGUCCAUUGCAAGCGAUGGGGAUACGAGUGAAGAGGAAAGAUUGAACGAGAGCCGGGCUCUUUCUCCGGCCACACGUUUAAGCAUAUCCGGUAUUCCGCCACCCGAUUUAAACGAAACCGAUGAUGAUGAUGAUGAGAUAAUUGUUGGGCGAAAAAUCAAACGAAACGUUCUGCUAUCGGACGAUGAAGGUGAGGACGUGGGACAAAAUAACGAUUCUUUCGACGAUAGUCUUCCGCUGCGUAGUUUUGAUGCGGAAGGAAGCGCCCAUAAUGGCUCGACCAACCAUAAGGAUCGUCGGGAAUCACCGGGCAAAGAUCGUUUGUCUCGCGAUGUAAGAAUGUCCAUUGAAACUAAGCUCUCCUCGACGGUGUUGGAACCCAACACGGAGGACGGCGUUUCUCGAAGCGAAAGUGACGCAUCUUCCAUUGCCAUAUUGGAAAAGUCCGAUGAAAUUUUAUCGCUGUCGAGCGAUGAUGAUAAGCCAGCCAAAAUCAAGCCUCUGGUGCAACCCACGAUCAAGUCCGCUCUGGAGAAGCAGCGUGUAUCACAAAAGUUUUACGAAGGCAAAGUACGUGAGCUAGCAGAUCUACAGAAGAAGCACGAGAAAAUGGGAAAUCUUUUCAAGAUGAACAUAAAUCUGCCGGACAAAGGCGUUGGGCUGAAGAAGGCCACCGAGAAUCUGGAGAAAGAAAUUUCGCAUCUUAAGAAGGAGAUUGCUGGCAUGGAGGUGCACGAUAUGCGAGGGAUCCGAGAUGAAAUUCAAAAGAGUUUUGAAAGUUCUAUCGAUGCCAGUGGAAGGAUAGUUUUAGGCAGUGCCAACACUUCUACUGCAAGUAACAAUGCCAGCGUACAAUCUAUUGGCGGUGAUAAAAAGUCGAAUGUUAACGACCAGAUAGUUAACAUAUCGUGGGACGACAUUAAAAAAACGAAGCCGAUAAGAUUCAACCAAAGCACACGGGAAAGCAGGGCAUAG